CCUUUUAGGUGCUGUUUAAAGUCAUUUUUGUCGGAUUUUAGGGAUUAUUCCGUGCAUAUUCGUACAUUACAAGGCUGUGCAGUUUAUGAACACGUUGCGUUGUUCAUUGGAAGCCUGUUAGAGGAAUAAAUCUGCAGUUUUUACCCUUUAUUUAUAGUUUGACUGGCUUCCUGGUCGUAACUAGUGGAGGCAUGUGAUGUUCAGCUGCUAAAGUGAAGGGAAAAGAAGGGAAUAGUGGAGGAGAGAUGAGCUGAAAUGGAGAUUCUAUAUCUUUCUAUUUUUUUUUGGGCUUCAUUCUCUCUUCCAGCUCACAGCCAGAAUGUUUCCACUCCUAAUAUCAUCAUCAUGCUUAUGGAUGAUAUGGGAUGGGGAGAUCUGGGGGUAUUUGGUCAGCCCUCCAAGGAAACGCCGUACUUGGACUUGAUGGCCUCUCAGGGAAUGCUGUUCCCCAACUUCUACACUGCAAACCCUCUCUGUUCUCCAUCCAGGGCCGCGUUGCUUACAGGUAGACUGCCAGUCCGCAACGGAUUCUACACCACUAAUGCACACGCCAGGAAUGCCUACACGCCGCAGGAGAUCGUUGGAGGAAUUUCAAAAGAUGAGCUCCUAUUGCCUCAGAUGCUGAAGAAAAGAGGCUACGUCAGCAAGAUCGUUGGAAAGUGGCACCUCGGACACAGGGAGCAGUUCCUGCCGCUGCAGCACGGAUUUGAUCAGUGGUUUGGAGCUCCGAACUGCCAUUUUGGACCGUACAACGAUUCCAACCGACCCAACAUCCCCCUCUACAACAACUCCCAGAUGAUCGGAAGAUAUUAUGAGGACUUUAAAAUCAACCAAAAAACAGGAGAGUCCAACCUCACACAGAUCUAUUUACAGGAAGGUUUGGACUUCAUCUUUCACCAGACCCUCGCCCGCCAGCCUUUCUUUCUGUACUGGGCUCCAGAUGCCACCCAUGCUCCAGUUUAUGCUUCCAAACGCUUUUUGGGAAAAAGCCAGCGGGGACGAUAUGGUGAUGCCGUAAUGGAGCUGGACUACAGUGUGGGGCAGAUUUUAGCCUGGCUGGGCACUUUGGGGAUCGAUAAAAACACAUUUGUUUUCUUCACCUCCGACAACGGUGCUGCACUGACGUCUGGACCACUUCAGAGCGGCAGUAACGGCCCGUUCCUGUGUGGAAAAGAGACGACCUUUGAAGGAGGAAUGAGAGAGCCUGCUAUCGCCUGGUGGCCUGGACGAAUACCUGCAGGCAUGGUCAGUUCUCAGGUGGGCACUGUGAUGGAUCUUUUCACCACCAGCCUCGCUCUGGCUGGUCUCGUUGCCCCUGACGAUCGGGUCAUUGAUGGCCUAGACCUUAGUCCAGCCCUGUUCAACAACUCGCUGACAGACAGGGCGGUCUUCUAUUACCGUGGCAACCAGAUGAUGGCGGUGCGGGUCGGCAUCUACAAGGCACACUAUUGGACGUGGAGCAACUCGUGGGAGGAGUUUAACCAGGCAGAGCUGCCCGGGUUCACUCCCAGGCGCUCGGGCUGAGCCUGGCGGGACCUGCCACUGUUUCAUGCCUCCCAGAUCAGUGGAAAAAAGACAGAGCCGAGUGUCAGGCCAGAUCACAGGGGACCCAACUACUGCUCUCGACUGUGUGUGUGUGUGUGUGUGUGUGUGUUUCUCAUCUGCCCCCUGCUGAGAACAGGCCCAGUGUAGUCCCUUGGUGGCCGUGUACAACCUCCUCAGUACACACAAACACACACACAUGGACAACUACACACAAAUACACUUAUACACACUAUGACACUACGGCCGGCUUGUGUUGUGCACAUAAAAAUAUAAAGAGAAUUUUAUGACCUCUCCCAGGCACACACACACAUCUAUACUAGUGCAUCUCAAAAAACUAGAAUAUCAUUGGAAAGUUACUUUAUUUCAGUAAUUCAGUUCAAAAUGAGAAACACAUAUAUUAUAUAGAUGUAUUAAACACAGAGUGAUCUAUUUUAAGUGUUUAUUUCUUUUAUUGUUGAUGAUUACGGCUUACAGACAAUAAAAAAAAAAACAAGAAUCAGUGUCUCAGAAAAUUGCAACAUUAUAUAAAAACCAUUGGUACUUUUGGCAGUGUGGGCAGUGUGCCAAGUCCUGCUGGAAAAUGAAAUCUGCAUUUCCAUGAAAGUUGUCGGCAGCAGAGGGAAGCAUGAAGUGCUGUAAGAUUUUGUGGGAAAACAAAACUGCACUGACUUUAGACUUGAUAAUAAAUCACAGUGGAUCAACACCAGCAGAUGACAUGACUCUCUCCAAACCAUCACUGAUCAUCAGUAAAUUUUACAUUUCAUUCAGAAAUCAAGGGAUCAGAGUCUGGAGGAAGAGUGAAGAGACACAGUCCAAACUGCUUGAGGUCUAGUGUGAAGUUUCCACCAAUCAGUGAUGGUUUGGAGAGACGUGUCAUCUGCUGGUGUUGUUUAAUAAUGUGUUUACCUGUAAUUAGGUUUGGUAUACUCUAGGGGGAGGGGCUACCUGUUUAUAUACUGCCUAGAAAUGGAAAUGCCUAGAAAUUCCCUGAGGGUAGCAGAUGCUGUGCUAAACCUGUGUUGAGGGAUGUAC